CACGAAACAUAUAUUAAACCAGGUUUAAGAAUACAGAUUAUCUUUAUCAGAAAAACCGGCCCUUAAUAAAUUUAAAGAUUCUAACUGUAAUAGUUUUCCAGUUGUAUAAAAGAGAAUAAAUGUAGCCUAUUGUACCUUCCAGAUAUAGGGGAACACACAGUGAAAAUAUGAAGAAGAUCUAUUUAGUAGUUUAGCCUACUAUAAGGUACAAACAAACAUACAUACAUUGAUUUUUAUACAUAUAUAAAUAGAUAUUAAGUUGUAUAUUGAGAAAAAGAACCAUUGCCUUGAAGAUGAUUCGAUAUUGAACUCUUCAAAUUUAUUCACAUUAAGUCGAAUCAAAUCAAACUCAUAAAAAGAUUAAAUAACAUAUACUUUACAAUGGAUUGUUCAAGUAAUUUAAGAAUCCUAAUAGUGGGUAAUGUUGUGGGAAAGACAACUCUAUUGAAAACCUAUUUAAAUAAAGAAUUUUAUGAAUCAUAUUAUGGCACAAUUGUACACCAAGAAUAUGUGUGCAACAUAACGGUUGAUGAUAAGGAAUAUACAUUGACUUUGGUAGAUACAGCUGGUCUAGAAGACUAUAAAAGAUUGAGACCCUUAGCAUAUCCCAAUACAGAUUGUUUAAUAUUAUGCUAUUCCAUUGCCGAUAUAAAUACCUAUGAAGAUAUAGAAAAAUACUGGUUGCCGGAACUUCGUAUGUAUUGUAAAGGUGUACCUUUUAUUUUGGUAGGAACUCAGCUAGAUUUGCGCAAUGUUAAUUCUGUUGAAAACUUAAAAUGUCUUACUGUGGAACAAGGAAUUACAUUAAAAGAUAAAAUUAAAGCUUCUUCAUUUGUCGAGUGUUCGUCCAAGGAUAUAAAUAGUCUAAAUAAAGUCAUCGAAGAAGCUGUAAGAGCUGCUGUUAACAAACCUAUUAAAAAAAGUAUCAUAAAGUCAUUGUUUUUUGGCAAGAAAUAAAGAAAAUUUUAAAAUUGUUAAA